CCACGAGAUGCGUUACUCCCUUUGGGGACCGCGGAGGAGGAUGCACAGAGGCUCAAACGGACACUAUUGAUCCAUCCACCCCUGCAGGCCCCGGCACAGCUCCUACCCUCCAGCUUGGCACUUUUUUCCCUGCAGGUGAUGCUUUUUUAAAAGAAACAAAAACAAAAAAGGGGGGGGACUGUGGCAUAAAAAAAGAAAGAAAAAAUGGCAGACAAGGAUAGUGUGGAAAAAUAUCUGGAAAACAACCCGCAGUUUGCAAAAGACUACUUUGAUAAGAAGCUGCGCGCUGAAGCUCUCACCGCCGCCUUUUCGGCCGACGUGGACAUCAAAGACACCGCUUCGUUCAAGGAUGUUAACGCCGUGCAAGAAGCCGCCAUCAUUUUCGAGCUCGUCAAGGAGCUGCAGAAGCCGGAGAACAUGGAGCAGGGCCUCCACAAAGUGCUGCAGAGAGUGGCCCUCAUCAUACAGGCUGACAGGCUCAGUUACUACGCGUGUCGAGGCAGAAACGGAACACUUGAGCUCGCCACCUACCUCUUUGACGUGACUCCGACCUCCAAGUAUCAGGCUAACCUUGUCGAUCCGCAGACCGAAAUCGUGUUUCCUCUGGAGAUGGGUAUUGUCGGUUUUACCGCCACCUCCAAAAAAACGCAGAAUGUUCCUGAUGUGUCAAAGAAUCCAAAGUUCUCUGACUUUGUGGACAAACAGACUGGAUACAAGACCAAAAGCAUGAUGACCUUCCCUCUGAUGGCUGAAAAAGAGUGCCUUGGAGUCGUUAUGGCGCUAAACAAAAUAGGAGCAGAGCAUUUCACUCCAGAAGAUGAGGCGCUCUUCCACAAGUACAUGAACUUUGCUCAAGUCAUCGCCCUGCAGCACUACACAGCCUACAUGUGGAAUGUGGAAUCCAGGAGAAGUCAGGUGCUGCUCUGGUCAGCCAGUAAAGUGUUUGAGGAGUUGACAGACAUUGAGAGACAGUUCCACAAAGCACUCUACACCGUAAGGACCUAUCUACAAUGCGAAAGAUACUCAGUGGCUCUGUUGGACAUGACCAAAGAGAAGGAAUUUUAUGAUGAAUGGCCGGUGAAACUUGGAGAUGUGGAACCUUAUAAAGGACCCAAAACACCAGACGGCAGGGAAGUCAACUUUUACAAGAUCAUUGACUACCUCCUGGAAGGCAAAGAAGAAAUCAAAGUCAUACCUGGUCCCCCAGCCGAUCACUGGGCUUUGGUUAGCGGCCUACCAACCUAUGUGGCAGAGAAUGGCUUUAUUUGCAACAUGAUGAAUGUGGCUGCAGAUGACUACUUCACUUUCCAGAAAGAGGCUGUGGACGAGACGGGGUUUGUCAUCAAAAACGUCCUGUCGCUGCCCAUCGUCAACAAGAAGGAAGAAAUCGUGGGCAUCGCCACGUUCUUCAACAGGAAAGACGGCAAACCGUUCGAUGAACAUGACGAACAGAUCACUGAGGCCCUGACACAGUUCCUCGGCUGGUCAGUGCUGAACUGUGACACCUAUGACAAGCUGAACCGUAUGGAGUGGAGGAAGGAUAUCGCCCAGGAGAUGCUCAUGUACCAGACCAGAUGUACCACGGAUGAGCUGCAGUCCAUUCUGAACACCAAGGAGAAGUUUGAUGCCGAUCCUGAAGACUGCGAACAGAAAGACAUGUACAAACUGUUGAGGUCAAACAUCCCGGUGGCAGACAACGUCAACGGCGAGAAUCUGUACCUGUUCUCCUUCAGCGACUUCCCCGUGACCGAGUUCGACCUCAUCAAAGCCGGCAUUCGCAUGUUCUUCGAACUCGGAGUCGUCGAGAAGUUUAAAGUUCCCGCAGAAACGCUGACCAGGUGGAUGUACACCGUGAGGAAGGGUUAUCGUUCCAUUACCUACCACAACUGGAGGCACGGUUUCAACGUAGGCCACACUAUGUUCUGCCUGCUGCAGACAGGAAAGCUAAGGAAAUACUACACUGAUCUCGAUGCCUUUGCCAUGGUGGCCGCUGCUUUCUGCCAUGAUAUCGACCACAGAGGAACCAACAACCUCUACCAGACAAAGAGUGCAGCUCCUCUGGCCAGACUUCAUGGCUCCUCCAUCAUGGAGAGACACCAUUUGGAGUACAGCAAGACUCUAAUGGGGGAGGAGAGCUUGAACAUCUUCUGCAACCUCCAGAAGCGUCAGUUUGAGAAUGUGCAGCACUUGUUCGACGUCUGCAUCAUCGCCACAGAUCUGGCGCUUUACUUCAAAAAGAGAACCAUGUUCCAAAACAUCGUGAAUGCCACGGAGCCAAUGGCAGACGAAAAAGAGGCCACGGCUUUUGUUUCCAACAACCCCAUCAGGAAGGAAAUCAUCAUGGCCAUGAUGAUGACAGGUUGUGACUUGUCAGCCAUCACCAAGCCCUGGGAGGUACAGAGCAAGGUGGCUCUGAUGGUGGCUGCUGAGUUCUGGGAACAGGGCGAUUUGGAGAAAACUGUUUUGGACCAGCAACCAAUUCCCAUGAUGGACAGAAACUGUGCCGAGCAGCUCCCCAAGAUGCAGUGUGGUUUCAUCGACUUUGUGUGCUCAUUUGUGUACAAGGUGAAAACUUUUUCCUUUUUUUUACACUGUGCCGCCCUGCCAAAAGAUGACUAG